CCCACAAGGCCACAACACAAUAACAACACAAAGAGGAUGAUUUUUAAUUCCGUAAAAUGGAAGGGAAGAAAGGGAAUAAGGGUUACGCGUGGGCGAUUGCAGCUGGUCUCAACGCUGCUUUUUCCGCCAUUGCAGCCAAGCUUUUCUCCUAUACGUUAAUUAGGUACGGACUGGUAGUUGCAUUCAACUUGGCAAUGUGGGGAUGUUAUGUCAAUAGCUUAAAAACUCUCUCAUCAUUACAAGCCACAGGAACAAACUUUUCGGCUAACUUUCUUUGUUCUGGUCUAGCCGGUUUCUUUUUGUUCGAAGAAAUGUUAUCAUUUCAGUUCAGGAGAUCGGUCCAAGUUUCACAACCUUUAAUCUCCCUUUUCCUGGAGUCUUUCCGUAUACUCUUGGUUUGUAGGCGCCUUAUUGAUUGUAAUCGGCGUCCUGAUUUUGAAUAAGUCGAGCAUUAAGAAGGAAAGCAAGGACUGAACUUAGGUCUUAGUUUGUCAUCAGUCAAUUUCGUUAAGCCUUGCCUUUGAACAUGAAAAUUAUUCUCUGGUUCUCGAAAGAGAUGGGAGAUCGGUUUGCAACGUGUACGGAAUCAAGCCAUUCAAAAUUAUACCAGGGCGGGCAGCUCUAUCAACGACGGACAUUGUUCUCGACGUGCAGGUAGAUUAAUAAAUAAUCAGUUAGUUUCUUAUGGUUCUAGCAAAUGAGAUGAGUUAAAGAAGCAUCUAUCUGCUCAAGUUUUCUCAGUUUAUAAUUUAGAAUUGCUGACGUUUUGUUUGCUAAAGAAUGCUCUUCAUUCUGAUGCACAAAUAAUUAUCUACUUGUAGGAAUGCAUUUGAUGAAGAUUUGGUUUCAUUUUUUAUAUCUUCAAAAUUUAUGCUUGUUUACAACUAUUACUUUAUUUUUAUUUUUUACCA